AUGGCCUCUAGGGCCGCAGCGUUUCAAGGACUACUGGUUCAGUUUGAUGGGGGUGGGGAGAAGAAAGGAAUGGUUGGAAUUGUGGUUGGAAUGGUAGGGAUUGAUGGGAUUGUUGUAGGGAUGGUGGGCAAUGGAGUGGCUGGCAGAGGAGGAAGAGUCACCUUAGGAACUGUUGGCAAAGUUGGAUUUGGUAAGGAGGGGAUUUGGGUGCUUGGCAAUGGUGGCAAUGUGGUCUUUGGCAGAGUUGGCAACGUUGGCAAUGGAGUGCUAGGCAGUGGUGGCAAUGUGGCUUGA